AUGGUGGCUACUUUGGGACAAGAACAUUUGCGGCCUACGGAGAGGGAACGAUGUGGUGAACAAGCAGUUCAUUUGAAGGAGUCACCGGCCCGUCGUCGCAAGCUGGUGAUAGCGGAGUCGGACGUGGAUUGGAUUGUGACAGACUCCCGGCUGUCCGCAGAGCACAGAAGUGCUGCACAUCAGCACAUGGCUCGGGACGUGGGAUCGGGAAGUCAGGCCCCAACCCUCAAGCUGGUGGGAGGGAAGUCGUCCAAACCAGCUGGGGUUUCCACGACCAGAGGUUGCCGACUCAAGAAGAAAUCAGAGGAUCCCAAGUAUAAAGCUAAAGAUGAGUUGGUUUUACACCCUCGGUAG